UUCCGAGUUGGAGAAGCAAUGGUGCGUACAUGCUCUUUAAUAAAGCAGUAAACUGCAAGACAAAAAUAAUUACGUACAUUUUCAUUUCAAAUCAUGAACUGUAUGGGUAUUUUUGUAAUUUUGAAAAACAUGAUCAAUCUAUAUGAUUAUUGACUCUGUCAAAACCCUUAGGCAGCCAUUUUGUUGGAAAUGUCAAAUGUGCGGAAUUUUCUAACCUAAAAAUAUGUUAUUAUCGUCACUCAUCAGCAUUUAUAGAAAAUAAAUAAUCAAUUAUCGUGAACAAGAAUAACAAGACAAGGUUGAAUUGGGUCCUAAAAGAGCAGAAAAGAGUUACUAUUAUCCCAGUAUAGAGAUCUAUACCGGGCUAUUAUUCUGGUUUAUUUUGACGAUGUGUUUAGUUCUUUCCUGCUUUAUUUCAGUUUUCCGUUGCUUUCAUUGUUUAUCUAUAAUUUCAUAGAAAAUGUCAGAUUAUGAUAGAAACAAAGUUUUCCCUAAGAAAAAGUUUUUUUCUUCAAAGGGAAAGGAAACAUUGGGCCAUGUCAAACCGGAAGGAAGAAGUUAUUCAAACUCGAGAAACGAGAGUGGCACCUCUUUAAAAUUAAGCAGAGACCCUAUUAAAAUAACUAGCCUUACAGAUCCUCCUAAAAAACAACCGACUAUAUUGUUAAAAGCUCGAGAAUCAAAUUCAGAAGAUUUGAGUGCUUCACCAAAGCGCAUUCAAAAGGAUGAACCAAGUAUAACGAUUGCUUCUUCUAAAGAUGAAGCAAAUACCACACCUGUUUUAAGACGUAUGACAAAAUCCAUGAAGCUUAUAGACGAAGGCGUCAUUUGUACAGAAUCUUUACAAGAUUAUGUUAACGAAAACAAUGAAUUUUUAAUAGUAGGUGUAAUUGGGGCACAUGGAGUGGGCAAAUCAACGAUAAUGAAUCUUCUCAGCCACAGUCCCUUAACUGAAGAAAUUAAAAAUGACCUGUUUAAAACUGAAGGGAACGUAAAUGGUAACAAGAAUGAUAUUAAGAUUUUAACGAACCACUUGGAGAAGAUGGAUGUGAAAAGUGAAGAUAAAAUUAAAAAGGAAAUUUUUAGGAUUGAGACGGUCGAAGAUAUUGAAAGGGGAUUCAAUAGAACACAAGGAAUUGAUAUAUUUAUAACUGCCAGUAGGCUUAUCCUUUUGGAUUGUCAACCAUUUGCAUCAGUUUCCGUAGUUGAGGAAUUGAUUAAAAGCGAAACUAAGCGGACAAGCUUAGUGAGCGAAUUCAUACCAUUGGAAAACAGCGGAGAAAUCCAGGGUCUGCAAUUAACUACCUUCCUUAUGUCAGUUUGCCAUGUUUUACUGGUGGUACAAGACUGGUUUUUAGAUAGUAAUGUUGUAAGGUUUUUACAUACCGCAGAAAUGUUAAAACCCACUAUUCCCAAUCCAGAAGAAGAAAUAAUCGAUUAUUUUCCUCAUGUAAUGUUCGUCCACAAUCGAGCCACAAUGGAAGACUUUUCACCAAUGAAAUUCAAAACUAUGCAAGACGUGUACAAAAUGUUGUUUCACAAAUCCAAAUUGAACAUAAAAUCAGAAUUAGGUCUGGGAACUGGUAGAUUGAUUAGUUAUUUGAAUAAUGACACUUGUGGGAGUGCCGUAAAUAUGUUUCUUAUUCCCGAAAUAGAUCUAAAUUCUAACGACAUCUAUACAGGACACCCGCCAUUGGAGGAAAUUAUUUCCAAAAUGAGAGCUAACAUUAUGGGAUCCACCCGUAAUUCUUUGACGCACGUACAAUUGACCGAACGAACAUGGCUUUUAUACUGUGCUAAAGUGUGGGAUACUGUAAAGAAAAGCUCUUUCUUUGUCGAAUACACCAAACUGAUGCCGUAAUUGAUGCGUUUUGUUAUUCUUUUCUUGGUCUUGCACUAAUAAACCAGGAGUGGAUUAUCUAGAAAAAAAAAAUCGUCAUAUGGGUACAAGGAGUAAUGUUUCUCUGAAGUGUCUCCACGCUAGAAAUCUAAUGUACCAUAAUUUAAAGAUUUUGGUUGAAGAUCUGCAUUAGAUGUGCCAUGUUUAGUCUUAAAAUAUAAUUCGUGAAAGAUGUCAUUCACUAAAAAUAAAAUCCUCUAAAAUUCAACUCCUUUUUAAAC